UUUAUUUACAUCCCACCACACCAACUACCUAAGAACUGGUAUACCACCACAAUGACCUCCCAACCUGACACAAUAACAAUCCCCAUCAUCGGCGCCUCCAUCGCCGGCCUCACCACCGCCCACUCCCUCCUCUCGCACUUCACCACAACCAACAAUACUACUACCAACAAGGGCAAGGGCACAAAAAUCAAAAUCCUCCUCAUCAACCCUCACCCAUCCUUCUACUGGGCCAUCGCGGCCCCACGCAUCCUCACCAAACCACCUGCGUUCACAGAGUCACAAUACCUCAUCCCGAUCGCCGAUGGGUUUGCAAAAUACUCUCCGGAUGUCUUCGAAUUCAUCCUAGGACGGGCGACAUCGCUCGAUUUUGACAAAAAGUUACUAAAUGUUGAGGAAGUCACUACUGACACUGAGAGUACUAAAAAGACAACAAUGAGAGAAAUCAAAUACGAUUAUUUGGUUAUCGCGUCGGGGAGUACACCCUCUGCUUCUUCUACGGAACCAUUAUUCCCCGGUGAGGAUGGUAAAAAUGGCGAGAUAUAUCCCUUCAAACUAUCCCCCACAUCCAGCACCACCAUCACGGAGGCGAUCAAAUCUGCCCAGACCGCCAUCUCCACCGCAAAAAGAAUCACAGUCAUUGGUGCUGGCCCUAUUGGGGUAGAAAUCGCGGGUGAACUAGGUGAUCUCAUCACCCCCUCUUCUUCUUCUUCUUCCUCCGAAGGAGAAGACAAAAAAGAAAUAACCCUCAUCUCCUCCACCCCACGCAUUCUCCCUACCCUGAAACCCUCUGCCAGCGAAACAGCCACAUCCCUCCUCACUAAUAAAGGCGUGCGAGUCCUCACAGAUCGGAAGGUCAUUUCUGUCUCUUCUAAAGAAGAAGAAGAAGGGGGUUAUGAACUCAAACUUAACAACGGGGACACUCUCAAGACGGAUAUCUACAUCCCAACUAUCGGAGUCCUGCCGAAUAGUUCUUAUAUACCCCGGGAAGUGCUCGAUGAGCGUGGUUGGGUGAGGGUCGAUUCGGAAUUGAAAGUGUCCGGCGUCGAGGGGGUGUAUGCGGCGGGAGAUAUUACCACUCAUACGCAAAAGUUGUCCUUUAAGGCGGAUGAGAUGGCUGGAGUGGUGGUGGGGAAUUUGGUGGAUGAUAUUGGUAAUAUUCAUG